AUGGGUUGCUGUAUUUCACAUCCUUUCUUUGAAAAAGAAACUGUUUAUGAAGUAACUUUAGAUUCAGACGGUGUAGCUCAUCGAGUUCCUAAAGGGCAAGGUACUCACUUUAUUCAUGUAUCUCCUAGUAAUGAAACACAUCUUGAAGAGAAGACAACACAAUCUUCUGCAACUAAUAAAUGGCCUUCACUUGCAAUAUCACCAAUUUAUACUAAACGUGUCCAUCCCACAGUUAAUAGCCAUAAUGAUAAUAAUAACGAAACUAAAGAAAUAGAGGAAAAAGCAUCAACAUAA